CCCAUCCCGCCUCUUCAACAGCAAAGCAGGCAACGCCUUCCUCUCUUCCGCAUCUUAGCAAAGUUAUACUUGAGUUGCGGCACCCUGUUGCUGAUCGGGACUGGAGAGGGCAGCUUUUUCCUGCCCGGAGGGGGCACAAAUUCCUUUCCUGCCUCUUCCUUGCAAGCCAGUCGUCCUUGGCACAAAAAAAACAACCCAUGGCAAGCAUUCAAGAUCUGCCGGAUGACAUUUUGCUGGCUGUCUUCCGCCUGCUCCCAAUCAAGGAGCUGAUCUGGAACUGCCGGCUGGUUUGUUCACGGUGGCGAGACAUCUUGGACACCCCUUCCCUGUGGAGGCGCAAGUACCAAGAGGAGGACGCUGACCUGGGGAUGCCAAAGACCUUCUACAUUUUCUGCCACUUGGAGAGGAACUUAAUCAAGAACCCUUGUGGCGAAGACGGAUUAGACUUCUGGGAUACGGCCACGCCUUCAAACGGACAGUGGAAAAUUAAAGAUGUCUUUGAAAAAGACUCCGCAAAGCUGCAGUCCUGGGACUUCCUUCAGAGGAAUCUUUUUGUAAAAGAUGAAUGGAUACCCUAUCAAGAGGUUGAAAAAUGUUUUGCUGUGUACAAUGGGCUCUGCACAAAGUCUCAGCUCAUCACGUUGAAGGAUGAAGGUUACUGGGAUCAGCUGAUGGAUGACGGGAGACCCACAAUUAUGGUGAAGGAUUGGUUUUACAGCAGCUUCAACAGCCAUUACAAGUUGAGUGUGAAGCUGUUGUCCGAGGAUUUCAAAGUCAUCCGAGAGUAUCAUUCCAAGAACAAAUACAAAUACGACUCCGAGUACAAUAACGAAUGGCGCCAGGUCUCGCAUGGUUUUCACAACAUCCCUCCUGGAAUCCGUCACAUCUUUUUUCAGCACCAAGGCCUGAAUUUCAACUGGCAGCAAUCGAGCUUUGGUGCCAAACUCAUGAAGUGCUUGAAAAUGGCCAAAGACAGGGGGAAAUCCCCAAGGAUGAGGAUUACCAAAACGAGCGUCACCGUUGGACCGUUUUCCCUAGACAGGGCCCUGUACAACAGACACGGCCGAGAGAUUAGACACUGUCACUUCAGCAGGUGUCCCUGCCGGGGGAACUACAUCCAUUUGUAACGUUUUCGUAAGCAGACGCAAUAACCGAGGAGUGUCCUUGCAAACCUUUUCCUUCCCCCAGAAAAGUUAAAAGCGAAGCAACGGGGUGAAGUGGCCCAGAGGAAGUUGUCUCCUUCUCAUUCCCUCUGAAAAUAAGAGCAUUUUUAAAAAGAAAGCACGUCCAGCACCCAGACAGUUACGACAGGAUGGACUUUAUUGGGCACGGAAAAUAAUAAUAAUUAGGCUACCACAAGGCAUCGAAACACAAAAACAGUUUGUGCAGUUUGCUUGCAAUAUUUGGGAAAACCACUGCCCUCCAAAGCUUUUGAACGCCUCACAAUUACUUUUUGCUCUCCCUCCAAAUGCACAAAGGGUAAGAACACAAGCAAAAAUAGUGGGAAAAUAGGUGGAUAUUCUACCAGAGGUUGAAUUCUCUUUUCCUUCCGAAAGGAUCUAUUUUCUUCUACCUCCUCUGCAAACGUUGUAACAUUCAAUGUUAAAGUACUUUAUUGUCCCUUCAUUUUCUGGGCUGUUAUGGCAACAGCCUGGAUAAUAAAAUCUUCUGCGAGGCCCCUA